AUGGAUUAUGAUACAGUGUGUAGUAUGAAGGUUGAAGAACUGAAGUCUUAUUUACGUCUUCGUGGCUUGAAAAUAUCUGGAAAGAUAGAAAUUCUUGCAGCUCGAGUCUAUUGUGCAAUGGAAAACAAUGUUACGCCUAUUAAAACAGCUGAAGAGGUGGAGCAUGAUAUACUUACUGAGUACAAAAAAAAACUUUUUAUAAACGGCGUUGAACUACCUGAUCCUUUUAAGCUUAGUAAUGGUUGGUUAUCAGAAGAUGAAGGUCUAACUUGUUGGCCAACAUUGUUAUAUCCUGAUAUUUACAAUUAUUUGUUAUUUAACCCUGCUGAAAUUGCAAGUAAAGACUUAAGUGACUACAAAACGUGUAAAGCUUAUAGUUAUUUUAAAUGUGGCUGGCUUGAACCUUUAUUUUACCAUCAAAUAGGAAUAGAGAGUGAAUAUUGCUAUUUAAAAGGGAACUGUAGGAAAUCUGAAAAAAUUAAUGAUCCCUUUCACAAGCUAUGGAUUAUUAUUAAUAAAAAAACUGCUAAAAUAAUUUCAGCACAUUGCACUUGUCUAGCUGGUCUAUCGCAGACAUGUAAUCAUGUUGCUGCAAGCCUCUUUCGAAUAGAGGCUGCUGUUAGAAAUGGUUUGACAAAUGUAGCUUGUACUAGUUCAAAAUCAGAGUGGCUUCCAAAUCGUAGCAUAGUAGCACCAACAAAAAUAUGUGACUUAAAAUUUGAUCGUGAUGAAUUUGGUCAGCGUGGAAGAAAAAAGCGUUCACUAGUAUCAAAUGAAAAGCGUAAUUACAGCCCAUUAGUAAACUGUGAUAUAAAGCUUUUAAAUUUAACAGACAUAGCAAAAGCAAUCGAAACUGUUGCUCCUCAUAGCAUUAUAACUUCUGCUGUACCUAAACCUGAAAUUUAUUAUAUGGAAAAAUUAAUCGUGUUUGAAAAUGUUACCAAACCUACAAUUUUGACCAUGGAUGAUAUUAUUGUUAUAGCGUCUGACUAUGGGUCAAAACACAAAUAA